ACCCAAUACGGAGGUGACGUAGCAAAAGAAACAGACGCCGUACACCAGCUUUUUUCUCUCCCAUUCAUGUCGCUGGUGUAACGUUAGCAGUCCACACACACACACGCACAGACAGACACCCACGCUCACAUUCUGACCCGAGCACUGAAGUCCUCCACAAAAACCCCUCAGAUUCAUAGGAACGCUCGUAACUUUGCACAAACGCAGCCACCAUGGCGGAAGCUCACCAGGCGGUGGCCUUUCAGUUCACCGUCACUCCGGAUGGCAUCGACCUGCAGCUGUGCCACGAGGCUCUGCGCCAAAUCUACCUCUCUGCUCUUCACUCGUGGAAGAAAAGAUUCAUUCGUUUCAAGAAUGGAGUUAUGACUGGCGUGUACCCAGGCAGCCCUGGUGGCUUCAUGGUUGUGGUCGUGUCUUACAUGUCAUACAAUAAAUACAACCAGUUGGAUCCGUCUCUUGGCUUGAUUUCCAAACUGGGACAACACAUGCCUAUAAGCAAAUAUAUGUGUACAAACAGUCAGCAGAUUAUGGGCGGAGUACUGGUGGGCACAGGUCUAUGGGUGACCAUAAUCAUGGUAAUGAGGAAUGUCCUCAAGUGCUUGUUGUCGUGGCAUGGAUGGAUGUAUGCAAGCCACGGCUCUGUAUCCUUUUCCACUCGACUGUGGAUGUUGUUAGUAAAGGUGUUCUCUGGAAGGAAACCAAUGCUCUAUAGUUUCCAGAAUUCUUUGCCUCGGCUGCCUGUUCCGUCUGUCCAGGAUACCUGCAUGAGGUACCUGGAGUCAGUCCGCCCACUUAUGGAUGAUGAAAAGUAUGAGCGGAUGAAGAGCCUGGCAAAGGACUUUGAGAUGAAUCUGGGGCCGAGACUGCAGUGGUACGUCAAACUGAAGUCGUGGUGGACCUCAAAUUAUGUCAGUGACUGGUGGGAAGAGUAUAUUUACCUUAGAGGUCGAGGGCCCAUCAUGGUCAACAGCAACUACUAUGCAAUGGACUUCCUGUAUGUGUUCCCAACCUCCAUUCAGGCUGCCAGAGCAGGUAAUGCCAUUCAUGCAAUCAUGCUCUACAGAAGGAAGCUGGACCGAGCCCAGAUCAAACCGAUAUACUUGCUGGCAAACAAGGUCCCUCUGUGUUCGGCUCAGUGGGAGCGGAUGUUUAACACUACCCGCGUCCCUGGUUUGGAGACAGACAUCCUUCAGCACAUGAAUGACAGCAAACACAUAGCAGUGUACCACAAGGGCCGCUUCUUCAAGGUGUGGAUGUUUUACGACGGGCGGCUGCUUUUGCCGCGAGAGAUCGAGCAGCAGAUGGAGAGAAUCUUGGCUGACAAGUCUGAGCCCAUGCCAGGAGAGGAGAAGCUUGCUGCCCUUACUGCAGGAGAGAGAACCCCGUGGGCACAAAGACGUGACGCCCACUUCAGCCGCGGCAGGAACAAGCAGUCCCUGGAUGCCAUCGAGAAGGCUGCUUUCUUUGUGACUCUCGAUGACACAGAGCAACGUUUCGACCAAAGCAACUCAGUGAAGUCUCUGGAUAGUUACGCCAAGUCCUUGCUCCAUGGAAAGUGCUACGACAGGUGGUUUGAUAAAUCCUUUAAUCUGAUAGUUUUUAAGAAUGGCACCAUGGGUCUGAAUGCAGAGCACUCUUGGGCCGAUGCUCCGAUCAUUGGUCAUCUGUGGGAGCACGUGCUUUCAAUGGAUCCCUUUAAGCUGGGAUAUACUGAUCAAGGGCACUGCUGCGGGGAUCCCCACCCCAACCUGCCUUCACCCCUGAGGCUGCAGUGGGACAUCCCUUCUGAGUGCCAAGAGGCCAUCGAGAACUCGCUGACAGUUGCCACGACACUGGCUAAUGAUGUGGACAGCCACAUUUUCCCUUUCAAUGACUUUGGGAAGGGUCUCAUCAAGAAGUGCCGCACCAGUCCUGAUGCCUUUAUCCAAAUUGCCCUGCAGUUGGCUCAUUACAGGGACAAAGCAAAGUUCUGCCUGACCUACGAAGCCUCCAUGACCCGUUUGUUUCGUGAGGGCCGAACCGAAACAGUCCGCUCUUGCACCAUGGAGACGUGCGCCUUUGUCCAUUCCAUGAUCAGAAAGGAGACCAGAGAAGAACGUCUAAACUUGCUGAAACUUGCAGCAGAGAAGCACCAAAGCAUGUACCGCCUGGCUAUGACGGGCAAGGGAAUCGAUCGCCACCUCUUCUGUCUUUACGUGGUUUCCAAGUACCUGGGAGAAGACUCGGCUUUCCUUAAGGAGGUCCUGUCCGAGCCAUGGAGGCUAUCCACCAGUCAGACACCUCUGCAGCAGGUGGAACUGUUCGACUUGGUCCGACACCCUGAAUAUGUGUCGUCUGGAGGAGGAUUUGGACCAGUGGCAAAUGACGGUUACGGUGUGUCUUACAUCAUUGUCGGGGAAAACCUAAUCAACUUCCACAUCUCCAGCAAACACUCCAGCCCAGAAACGGACUCUCACCGCUUUGGCGCCAACAUCCGACAGGCCAUGUUGGACAUGCUGGACCUUUUCCAGCUCGACAAGAAAGCAUCCAAGUGAUGUCCUAUCUCCUUUUCAACACGAAUUGCUGAUUCUUCCUAAAGCUGUACAGAAUCAAACAUAAGGUUGGAUGAUUUAACUUCAUGUCAUAGAGGGGGUGUAAAAAAGAAUGGAAUGAUUGGGAUGUAUUCUUUACAAACCUUGCUUUCAUUUUACGUGUGAGGUGUUUGUGUGUACACCGUAUGCAUAUUGCAACGAUGGAUUGUAGUGGCCGUGCACAGAUCAACGUUUCUAUUUACAGGACUGUAUGCAGCAGUGCCUUAGCGACGACCCGCUUGUGUAAAAAGGGCAGAAAAGGGAGGAGAGAUUAGACUUGAGUUUGAUCCGAGCGGUAGCAUAUUUCAAUAUUUAAGGUUUGACGUUGCAAUGUGGUGCAGGAGGAGCUUCUUCUGCUUUUGUGUUUUAAUGUCUUUAGUUGCACACGACUCUGCCCUUAGCUCGUCACACUUCAACGCUUGCGAUCUGCUGAUUUGUAUCUUUAAAGGGAAACUGCACUUUUAAACAAAUGUGGCCUAUCAUGUACAAUCCUUAUGAGAGACAAGAACACAUAUGUCUUUUUUAAUGCAUUCUAACUUGUAAAUUAAAGUCAUCUUACAAUGUAGUCAACGGGACAUCCUCUAUCAUAAAACCCAACAAAUAACCAUCCAUUUACAUUUCGUGACCUUAUGUAUUAGCCAAGUAUUAGCAUAUUGCGCUAACGUUAAGGACCUUUAUUUAGCGGCGCGGCGAUCAGAGAGAUGUCACUUCCUUAUGCUGCUGUAUUGACAUCAGCUGCUUUCUCGCCUCGGAGCUCGUGAACGUUUAUUCCAGAUUAUAAAUCACGCUUCUCACCUGGAUAGUAAAAAGAUGUGGACAUAAACUGAGAAGUUGGUAAACCUCUGACAGCCGAUUUAUACCCGGAAAUGGCAAAAAAAAGACUCGAAAAGACGCUGGUUAGUUUUUUUGUAUCAUCUAAACAGUUGGCAUCCUAGUGACAGCCGACAUUGUACAGUAAGUGAUGUUUUAUUAUGAAGUCUGCAGUGAAUAAUAAUCAGUGAUGUUAAAUGAAGAAUCGAACGUUGUGAUGCGUUUUUUUUUUUAAUUUAACACGCCGCUGUAUGCUUAAAAUGAGCAAAAUACGUCAAUAUGACAUUAUGAAUGUGAAUGUUACUACAUAUAUUCUUACAGAGUGUAUAUAAAAUAUUGAUGGAAGUGUUUGGAUGUUUUUUUUAAGCUCAUUAUAGGCAAAAUACAGUGACUCCUAUUACCCCCAUUGUGAGCGGGACAAGUUACAAUGCAUAAAAAAAAGAAAACCAUGUAUUUUUGUCUUCCAUAAGGGUUGUGAACAAUAGGUCAAAUUCCAAAAAGCGUGGUUCCCCUUUUAGCGUUUGAAUACUCCAAAUCAGGUGUUAGGAUUCCUGCAAAUAUCAAGUGAGCCCUGGUGUCCUUUUCUGAUUGGUGCGCACACAUGAAUGUGAUUGUACGGUGCAGCCACUAACGUGUGUGUUGUUUCCAUCCUUCGGUUAGACUGACUUGGCGUAAUAUUCUCUCAGCAUGUACAUGUGCAGCAGCCGUGGUAGAAAAUGCAGUACUUUGAUGAGACAUUUGUUAAUGUUGUCCAUGCAUAUUUGCAAUCAUCCUGCAGGUGUGUCCAUCGCUCCAGCCCAAACACGCCCAUAAAGAGAGGUGCUGUCAUGCAUAAGAAUGCAUUUUAUUAUGUAUAUGUUGUCAGUACGUUUUAUUUAUUUGUAUCUCUAACCUUUUGAGGCGUAAGACAAACCGAUUUAGAUGGUCUCUUUCCACAUUUAUGCUGACAUGGAUCUUUAUUGGCGAUGCGUUUUAGUUGUAUGACUUAUAAGAGUAGACGCCAUGUUUACACUGCUGCAUGGUGUGUUUUUCUUUUCUUUUCUGGAAAUGAUGCUGUAUAUGUUUGCUUCUAAUUUAAGAUUACAGAUGAAAAGCAGCUGGUACAAAACGAAAGAGGUUUAACAAUAAAGUGAAUGUCAGACAGCUGUAUGAAC